AGAGCUCUGCCUCCUCAGAGAGACUCAGCAGGUAAUAUCUACACACUUACUCACUCACCUCUGGCCUUUCAACCUGAACACCCCCCCACCCCCACAAAGAGCGCUGCCUCCUCAGAGAGACACAGCAGGCAUCCAGUGAAGCAGAGCUCGGUGGAGUGUCAGCUGAAGAGGGUAGACGCCACGCGGGUAGAUGCUGACGACAUCGUGGAGAAGAUCCUUCAGAGCCAGGACUUCAGCCACGGCCUGCUGGACUCCAGUGCUGAGGAGGAGGGGCUCAGGCUGUUUGUUGGUCCUGGUGGAAGCACAGCGCUGGGAAGCCAACACACCAGGGUUGGCGCGGGGCCCUACGAGCAGGUGGUGAUCAGACGCUAGCCCCCUGGGUGUGGAUGUGUCUCAUAAGGUGCCAGAACACCACAGAGUCUGACAGAGGGAAAUAGUUCUCACCUCUAUGCAGGACAAACAUUUGUUCCAAUGGGAGUCCAGGUCUGAGGUGUGGAACCUGUGUAAGCCUGUCCCCCUAGUGUUGAAGCUAGGAGGUGACCUGAAGUUCAUGAUUACAACUUGUUCAAUAACUUUCAGAAGAAAGAGGAUAUAUUGAUAUAUAUACACACACUGUGCAGUCAGAAAGUAUUGAGACCCCUGGAUUCUUUCCACAUUUUG